CAUUCAAGUCUGCCAAUAAACCUCAGAACAAGGGUUCCUUCCCAUACCGGAAAUGACGGCAUCAAACUGCUGCCAUCAAAACAGACUGGGUUGAAAGCGAGACUUAUCUAAACCAUCUUUGGUCAAAAGGUUCUCUAAAGUCCUGCCAUUGACUGCAUGGUCGUUGUUGCCACACGAGCAGAACAAUAUGAAUCCACUCAGUUCAGAGAAGGAAACGUUGAUUGAUGAAAUUGAACAGAGUUUAUUCACUUUAACCGAGGACAAUUUACGUUACCUGUGUGAACGUCAUGGUAAAGAUGUAUCUGAAAUUAAAGGGAUGAAUCAUCGCUUAUUAAGGCGUAAAAUCAUGGAGGAAAUGUGGGACAAUACGGAUUCAAUCAAAUCAGAGGAGCAGGGAAUGUCUUGGUUAGUCCAUCUGAAAGAGGACAUCAGGAGGAUGCUGGAGGAUGCUAGUGGGGCACCAAUUAGUCCCAGCCAGUCUUAUGAUGCUGUAGACUAUGACAGAGAAUGCGACAAGGAGGACAGCGAUUGGUUGCCUAGCAAUGGACUGAAGGCGGAACACUUGAGUUCCAGCCGAUCCGAUGACGACGCCGCAGACUGCGACAAAGACUCGGACGUGGAGGACAAGGAUUGGUUGGCCAGCGAUGGGCUGGAGUCAGAGUCAGAUCCAGAGAGGCACACUCCAGAGCAGAGAAACAAGAUUCCCACGUCACCCUCCGCCCUCCCGAAGUCCUCAGGUCGUGCCUUUCCCAGUAGUAUCUUACUGCAGAGUCUGAAGAGGGUGUCCGUGCGGCUGGUCGACUGCAGGAAGACACCGGGGCAGAGUAGCCAUAUAAUACACAAGACAACACAGACGGGAGAGAAACCCCACAGCUGGUCUAAUGCUGAACAACACAAAACCCUCUCAGGAGACAGGCCUGGCUCCCAUAUCUGUGAUCACUGUGGGAAGAAUUUUGCCACAGCAAGAAGUCUACAACUACACCUACAGAACCUGAAGAGAUUCAGAGAGAACUUGACUGGAGAGAAACCACACGUGUGCUCUGAAUGCGGAAAGGGAUUCAGCGAGGCUGGCAGUCUUAAGAGACACCUGAGAACUCAUACGGGGGAGAAACCAUUUGUUUGCCAUCAUUGUGGGAAGGCUUGGAGUGAUUCUGGAAACUUAAGGAGACACAUGAGAAAAACUCACCCAGGAGAGAAGGUUGUUGUGAAGAGCGUCCUCACAGGAGAGAAACCUUACCAUUGCUCCUCUGACGACUGUGGGAUGAGCUUCGUUACCUCACGCAAACGCAGAGUACACCAGAGAAAACACACAAGAGAGAAGCUUUGCAGCACGCCUAAUGCUAAGCAACGUAAGGAACCCCUCUCAGGAGAUGGCUCCCAUAUCUGUGAUCACUGUGGGAAGAGUUUUAUCACAGCACGCAGUCUAAAACGACACUUACAGUACCUGAAGAGAUACAGAGAUAACUUGACUGGAGAGAAACCACACGUGUGCUCUACAUGCAGAAAGGGAUUCAGUGAGGCCGGCAGUCUUAAGAGACACCUGAGAACUCACACUGGGGAGAAACCGUACGUCUGCCAUCAUUGUGGGAAGAACUACAAUGAUUCUGGAAACUUGCAGAGACACAUCAGGACCCACACAGGUGAGAAACCUUACCACUGCUCGGAAUGCGGUAGGAAUUUUCGUGAAAAAAUAAGCCUUGUACAUCACCGGGAAGUUGUUCACACGGAACACCCUCACUGCUGUGCUCACUGUAUGAAGAGCUUCGUAACUGCAUCUAAACUGGAAUCGCACAUGCAAACCCGGCAUCCGCCAAAUGAUCCUCUGAAAAAGCCACACGUGUGCUCUGAAUGUGGAAGGGGUUUUGGUGAGGCCGGUAGUCUUAAAAGACACGUGAGAAUCCAUACCGGGGAGAAACCGUACGUCUGCCCUCGUUGCGGUAAGGAUUUUACCCAAUCAGGACUCUUACAGAGACACAUGAGAACUCACACGGGAGAGACACCUUACCACUGCUUGGUGUGCGGGAUGAAGUUUCGCCAUACAAUCUCACUAAAGCAGCACCACCUGAAGAACCACAAGGGGGAGACACUGGGUCCAGUCCGUAUGCACCAAGGCCCUCUUCCAUGCCCCCACUGUGGGGAGAAGUUCUCUACCAAGGCUCUUCUAAAGGGUCACAUUCAGAAGACUCACAAAAGCAGAGUCCACUGCCCACAGUGCGACAAGACCUUCACCACUAAAGGUAGUUUACUAGUCCACCAGAGGAAGCACACUGGAGAGAGGCCUUACCUUUGCCCUCAGUGUGGGAAGAGUUUCUCCCUGACAGGGAGUUUAAAACUUCAUCUCCGGAUUCAUGCGGGUGAGAAACCUUACUGCUGUACUUACUGUGACAAGAGCUUCACAAGUAAGAGCCACUGCACUCUUCACCUGCGAAUCCACACUGGAGAGAAACCGUACCAAUGCCCUGACUGCGGGAGGAGGUUUCGUGACGGGAAUGUCUUGAAAAACCACCGGCGGACCCACACAGGAGAGAAACCAUUCCAGUGCCACGUGUGCGAUAAAGCCUUCGCUCAGUGGAGCAGUCUGAAGAAACAUCAGGACACACACAGGCAAACUCAGCCUGUCUCUGUCCCAAGACUCCCUAAUCCCUACCCACCACCCAAUCAGUAUGUCCCUUAUCCCUACCCAUCACAGACUCAAUGGUAACCUGGUUUAUCACCUGUCCAAUCCCUUAUAGAGGGAUUCCUUAUGAUACCCAGACAGAAAAAUACCAUGAUUUGGGGGAAAUUCACUAAAUAUAAUCCAUGGAAUAAAACAUUAACAUCUUCCUAAUAUGGAGUUGCACCCCAUUUUUCCCUCAGAACAUCCUCAGUUCGUUGGGGCUCUACAAGGUGUCCAAAGCCUUCCACAGGGAUGCUGGCCCAUGUGGGCUCUACAAGGUGUCCAAAGCAUUCCACAGGGAUGCUGGCCCAUGUGGACUCUACAAGGUGUCCAAAGCA